AGUUCUUCACGAAUCACGCAAUGUUGAUUCUGCUAUUGAUUCCACUUGCAGUUGACGCAGAAGAUCUGUCUGACUCCCAGAAAUGUUUCUACAGCUGCACGGCUGAGUGUCUGAGUGGGGACAAGAACAGCACUGUACAGAACUGCUUGCAAAACUGCGAAAACCUGGGAUUCUGUGGAAAAACAGAAGAGAACUGCAGGAACAAGUGCGAUGCUCUCAACUCGCCGCCUCUCGCUGCCGUCGAUGAGCUUCGAUGGGGAAAACAGAACUUGACCACAGCUAUUGUCUUUCCCCCUAUUAAGGAAGCCACAUUCUACGUCAUACAGUACAGAGUAUCGCACGAAGUUCAAAUUCCACCUGAAGGACUCGGUACGGUAGACGCACCUCCGUCGCACUUUGUAGACAAGAUGAUUGAGAUCUCGACAGAACCUGUUAUCACAGAUUUUUUGAGACCCAAAACUAUAUUCUGUAAAUCCGCUGAUAUCCGUGUAGCGGCAGUGUCUCCAUCGGCAACUGGGCCGUUUUCUGAGACGCGUUCAAUAGGGCCGCCGCAACCUUUGAUCAGUGCAAAGCUCGAAUUACUGGAAGUAGUCUAUAAAAAUUCCUCGGCGAGUUGGUUUGACACAAUUGAGCUCACCUUCAAAUACCUUGUUGGAGCAUGGCCCUUAGGGCUUAAAGAUUUGGAGGUGACUGCAAUAAUGGAUGGCGAUUUUUGUGAGAAAGAAGCUGUUAAUCAAAGCGUGCCUCUGCCCACUUAUGCUCAAGGUUCCCUUGGUACUAUAGUCGCUCGGAUAGAUGCCGACGCUAUGUAUCGUAAAUGUCACUAUAUCUACUAUGCUAAGGAGAUCAAGAGUAAACAAUGUCUAACUCGGUUAUUUCCUGCGACCAAAGAUUCGAAACGACUGUUAUUAAGCUGUAAUACCGUAAAAAAUAGUUCCUGUACAGAAGACGCAGCUACGUCUCCGAUUUGUGGACCGAUUGAAAAAAUUGAUUACGAGGUAACAGAGAAGGUACCAAUGCCUGGUGAGCCGAAUAAAAAACUUCUGUGGUUAAACGUUACAUUCGAUCCGGUUAUGGGAGAGAAGAAGCUACCAACGCUCUAUUAUAAAGCCUUUUAUGGACAAGGAGAACCAUACGACAAUAAUAUCAAUCUCGUCAACCUCACCCGCAACAUCAAGGCUACCACCAACUGUUUGAAAUUUGAUAAUGGAAAAUGUUUGGAAAGUCACAACAGCAUUUUGAUAUCCGGCAUUCGUUAUGAUACAACAUAUGGCAUUAUUUUUUGUGCCAUCAAAAAUAUUACGGAUAUUCCCGAUUUCCUUGUAAACAACACUUCGAAGCCGAAAGGAAACAGAAUUUACGUUAGUUCGGCAUUGAUCGAGACGCUAGGGUCGUCUACCAAAGCUGUGAUCAUCGGCAUAACUGGUGUAGCUCUCUUUUCAAUAGUGGAUAUAAUUUUUAUAAGGUGCUACAUCAAAAGGCAAAAACGAGAUAACAAAAUUUAUCGACUGAAGCUAUCGCAAAGGGAAAACGAUAGUCGUUACAGUCUUCCUCGACAAUCUGACAUUUGGGAAAUCGAGCGUCGUAAUCUGAUAAUUUACGACGAGGCAAAGCUUGGGUCUGGUGCUUUUGGUGCAGUUUACUUGGGUAGACUUCUUGGUAAAUCACCGGCAAACCGCGAUUCCAAGUCAACUUUAGGUGUGAAUCUAAUGAGAGCGGAAAAUUGUCAGGUGGCGGUCAAAAUGUUACCAGAAUCUGCAGAUGAUGCAUCUCGAAGCGAAUUUUUGCGAGAGAUUGGUCUAAUGAAAACAAUUGGAUAUCACGAAAGGCUAGUCAACAUGCUGGCAUGUAUCACAGAAUCCGAACCUCUCUGCCUUGUUGCCGAGUUUUGUAGCGAUGGUGACCUACUCAAUUUUCUGCAAGAACGUUGCAAAUACAUGAUCAAACUCAAUGGUCAAGGAAUAAACUAUGAUGAUGUACCAGAGGUUGAUAACUACAACAUCGAUAUGAUAGUCACCUUGAAACAAUUGUUGAUGUUUGCUGUGCAGAUUUCUUAUGGUCUUGAGUACUUAUCUACCAGAGGAUUUGUCCAUCGUGACAUUGCGGCUAGAAAUAUACUCGUUAAUGGGAAAAACUCUUGCAAGAUUGGUGACUUUGGACUUUGCCGGAAUUUGUAUUCGGACAGUUCACUUUAUAGAAGCAAGGGAGGACGUUUACCGCUGAAGUGGAUGUCACCAGAGGCGAUACGACAUUAUAAGUUCUCGACACAGAGUGAUGUGUGGGCAUUCGGUAUACUGCUUUUCGAAAUUAUCACAUUAGGGGGUUCCCCCUAUCCAUUAAUUCCUCCCGAAGAUUUGCUCGAUUAUCUCGAAAACGGGAGAAGAAUGGAGCGUCCUGACAAUUGCCCCGAACUUUUCUACGAAGUGAUGGCCGAAUGUUGGCGUUUUGAGCCGGAACACCGACCGGGUUUCUCAACAAUUCGCCAGAAGUUAGCUGCUCAGCUUGAGGAAAUCACGGAAGAGUAUAAUUAUCUCAAGUUAGACAGUAGGAAAAACUACUACAACGUACAAUAUGCAGAAAAGCCGGAUGUAAUAGUCAUUCCCGAGUCGGAGGAACCUAUCUCACCGCCAAAACCACGAGAAGGGAGCCAAUCGCUUUCCUUCGAUAGCAUGCAUGGUGAUGACCGAUGGAUCGCCCAAGUAAAUAGUGAGAUAGAUGACGCAACCAGGAAAAGAAACUCCCGCAGUGUCAGCAUUGCAAAGAAUGUGGACGACAAUUUAUGUGCAGAGUACGCGUUCUGAUGCGUGAAAUAUGCGCAUCUAAAUCUAACAAAUACUUCACCUUUCCUUAUGAACCUCAACCAUUGUGUUGGUAAGAAAGUUUUCGGACAACCCCAGAGUAAUCAUGUUAUUUCUUGGAAUCUAAUGCAUACACAUAAGCGAAAAUAGCAAUAUAUAUUCUAGCAUGCAUGAACCUUAUAUUUGAGCAAGUGGAAGGAGUUCAGUGUUGAGGCGGAAGCUUGUUACUUUUCAAUCACCUCCUUUUUUUGUUAGAUAGGCUCGAAUCCUGUAC